CAGUCAGUGGGCGGGGCGUGUGGGGGUGACGUCAGGGGACUCGCCAGGGCUGGAAGCGGCCGCUCGUCGCAGGGACGGACGGACAGAGGAGGCGACGACGACAACACUGGGUCACUGGUACAGCAGCCCCGCCACCAUGGACGAUACUUUGUUUCAGUUACGGUUUACGUCAAAGCAACUGGAGCGAUUGGCAAAAAAGGCUGAAAAGGACUCAAAAUCUGAACAAGCAAAAGUGAAAAAGGCUCUUCAACAAAAAAACAUUGAAGGAGCAAAGAUCUAUGCAGAAAAUGCAAUCAGAAAGAAGAAUGAAGGUCUGAACUGGCUACGGACAGCUUCCCGAAUUGAUGCAGUGGCAUCGAAAGUACAGACAGCAGUUACAAUGAAAGGGGUUACAAAGAGCAUGGCACGUGUUACACAAGGACUGGAUAAGGCUCUGAAAUCAAUGGAUUUACAAAAAAUCUCUGCUGUGAUGGACAAAUUUGAACAACAAGUCCAAAAUUUAGAUGUACACACUUCAGUGAUGGACGACUCUAUGAGCUCCGCAAUGACAUUAACCACCCCUCAGGAACAGGUUGACAGCCUCAUUUUCCAGAUUGCCGAGGAGAACGGUUUGGAGGUCAUGGAUCAACUUAACCAACUUCCAGCAGGCGCGGCAUCCCUUGGCGAGUCCUCGGUACGGGAACAUGAUAAGGAGGACCUUCUUUCCAGAAGAUUGGCUGCUUUGAGGAAUUGAAGACAGGAUUGCCAUGUAAUCCUAAAAGACAGUGUGUAAUCCUCCAGUACCUUUUUCACACGGUGCCAAUGACACUAAACUGUGCAGCGUGUAUAAUGCCCCAAAACUGUGUCAUUAACUAGAUGGAUAGGCUACUUUCACAUUUAAACCUGGAGAGAGCCUGAUCUGACUUGAAAAUAAUUUGUUCAUUAAAGUGUGCGUUUUUAAAAGAGAUAGGGACAUCAAAGUUAACAUUGCCAUUAAUAAAAUGAUUUUUUUGAGCAGGCACAACCCCAUGCGUCUACAUCUAUAUGAUGUACAUAUGUAAAUAAUUCAGGUGUGCUUCGGAUCCGCAGGGAAUAUACCAUAAUCACUUGUAGUCUCAUCUCUGAGACCAGCUCGACUUGAAUAUUGCUAAGACCACAUUUUCAAAAUGCUCAGAACCAGUGACCAUAUUUUUUCUGAAAUGCUGGACGAACUUAAUUCUGCAGAUUAUUGAUUUGUGGAAUUUUGCAAACAAAAGAAAACAUUAAAUAUCCAAGGAUGUAAAUCUGCUCAAAAUAUAUCAGUGAAUAUGUCCUGCAGGAUAUGUGUAGCCUUGCUGUUAACUGUCACUCUCCAGUAAAAUAUGAUGGCAUCUUCUGUGCAUGAGGCUCCAAACAAGAGGUGAUGGAUUCUACUUGUCUGUUCUAUAUUGUAGUAAAUGGGGCUUUGGGCUUUUCUGGAAAGGCAUGGUUUUGACUGAUGUGUUUUAUACGUCCAUAAAACUUGAGACUGCUGAUAGUUUUACAGUUGCUCUUGCAAUCUCUAAUAUUAUUUAAAGGCAUUUAUUAUCUAGUAACAGCAAUUGGCCAGUUAACAAUCAAGAAAACUAACGCUAGCAGUUAUCACUUUGAGCAAAAUUUUGAUUUUAUUUAAGUGCCACUUAAUACAAGAGAUUGCAGAUACUGGAAUCUUGAGCCAAAAACAUUGCUGGAAGAACUCGGCAGACCAGGCACUUUUUUUUUUCUCUUAAUACCUGCUCUGUUUUUGCUUAAUGUUUCCUGCGUUAAUUUUCUUAAUAUUAGUCAUGCAUACUGAUUGCAGGUCAUCUAGAAUGUUUUUCUGAAGUAGCUGAAAUCUCUGGAGGAAAAUAACAUUGUGUUCGGUGUAAAUGACUUGCAGAGACGUAUAAAUUGUAAUCUGAAUAUGUGCAUUUUAGUCUUGAAGCGACUAAAUUAUUCAAAUGGAUAAGGGUUUUUAAAAAAAAGUGAUGUUAAAAAUCACAAUGCCUUUCUUCAGGUGUCCAAGAAUAGCUAUAUAGUGAAUUUUUGUAAAGCUUUUGGAAAUUAUCCUUCACAGAUUUAAAUAUUAUGGAAAACUUAAUGUCGUAUUGGAAAUAUGCAAGUUAUCCUCUCUUGCGUACUCUUAUAUUGUGCCAUUAAAAUGCCUCUCCCCUCUGUGCAAAAUCUUGUGAGAAAUGCCUUGGGAUUCGAUAACCAUUGUGCAGCAGUGAAUUUGCUAAUCUAUACUAUUUAAAAGGUGCCCUUAAAUUCAUUCAGAUGUGCCCAGUGUCUGUUUAUUUAGAAUCUAAUCACAUUUCAAUACCACCAAAUCAGUUUCAAUGUUGAAAAUCAAUGGUCUACAUAUUUAGGACAAAUUUUACGAAUGCAGCAUGUUGUACAUGUUCAGAAAUUAAGAUUUAGUCACAAAUCUCAUCCAAAACCAGUUGUAGUUUUGCUGAGCUGCAUUUUUUAAUUAAUUAUAAUAAAAUUGUUAAAAAUAAUAAGGAAAUCGACUGCCUUAUCAGCUAACUUUUUGAAAAGCAUCACCUUUGAAUGGCCAAACUGUUUUAGUCACGCUUUGAUUUUCCUGUCAUUUUAACGGAAAUGUAAUAUUGCCUUUGAAUUAAUUUGUUGCAAUCCAGUCCCAGUAAUGCCUGUAUGAUUAAGGAUGUAAACUAGAACAGUAUGAAAUUGUGCCUGCACCAUGAAGCUUAUUUCUUCCUCAACAGCAUGUGCAUCUGAAAGGCCUAAAUAUGGGAAGUGCUUUAAAAAUAUUUCUCCUGUGGUUCACUCUUGUACUUUUAAUUAUCAAAAUGGUAAAAUGCAUUUGUUUGUGCUUUAGACACUUCCAAACAUUUGAAGUGUUGGUUUCAUUUGAAUUAAUACUCAUUUAAAAUAAAUGUAUUCUGUUGGUGUAUAGAAUGGUUGAGUGUAAUAUAUUGGUUGGUUAAGGCUCUUAUCUUUUUUGUGAUGGAUUAUUUUGAUUAAUGUGGAAGGUGACAUUUGAAAUUUUGCUUCUAAUGUUUAUAUUUUGAAAUAAAGAAUUGAAAUUCUA